AUGGUGACAAUUACAUUCAAGGAUUUCAAGAAAGAAAAGGUCUCGUUGACGUUAGAGCUUUCCAGUACAGUCUUAGAUGCUAAGACGCAACUUGCACAACAAAAAGACUGUGAGGAUAAUCAAAUUAAGUUGAUCUAUUCAGGCAAAGUACUUCAAGAUGGUAAGUCUCUGCAAGAGUCUGGUCUCAAAGAUGGCGACCAAGUUAUUUUUAUGAUUUCUAAGAAAAAAUCAACGACCACAAGAGUGGUCGAGCCUGUGAAGGUAAAUGAAUCAGAGUCAGCACAACCAUCGGCACCAGCAGCCGAAGGUGAAGCGCCUGCUAGAACGGAGACUGCUACCGUUCCUCAGGCCAAUGAUGCUACGCCUCCAGCCGCAGGGAGCGAGAACCCGAUGGUAUCGGAUCCAGGAUUUCUUGUGGGAGCAAAGCGUAAUGAAACUGUGGAGAGAAUAAUGGAAAUGGGUUACGAAAGAGACGAAGUUAACCGUGCCUUAAGGGCUGCAUUCAACAAUCCAGAUAGAGCUGUAGAAUACCUAUUGAUGGGUAUUCCAGAAAAUUUGCAAAGUCAGCAACAACCCAACGCAGCAGCUGCAGCAGAGACCUCUACCGCAGUGCCAGAGGAAACCUCCAACCAGAAUAAUGCCCAAGGUGCUAUUUCUGGGGCAGCUCAAGGGAAUGAUGAUAAUGGUGCAGAAGACGAUCUUUUCGCCCAGGCAGCAAAUGCCAACGGUGACGCAACUGGAAGUGCCCUUGGUGCUGGAGCUGGGGCUGGAUCCGGGACUUCUGCGAGUGCCCCGGGAUCGAUCGGCUUAACAAUGGAAGACUUAUUAGCAUUAAGACAAGUAGUUUCUGGUAACCCGGAGGCUUUGGCACCUCUGCUAGAAAAUCUCAGCGCGAGAUAUCCUCAAUUACGCGAACAGAUCAUGUCAAAUCCUGAGGUGUUUGUCUCGAUGCUCUUGGAAGCCGUUGGUGACAACUUGCAAGAUGCAAUGACCGGCUUUGAAGGCUCCGGAGACAUAGAAAAUUUGAUCGGUGGAGAAACCGGCGAAGGCGAAAUGGCCAUCGAGGAAGAUUCUGCGGUUCCUAUAGAGAUCACGGAAGCCGACGAACAAGCCAUUUCUCGCUUGUGCGAGUUAGGCUUUGAGAGAUCACUUGUAAUACAGGUAUACUUUGCAUGCGGCAAAAACGAAGAAAUUGCCGCUAACAUGUUGUUCAAUGACUAUGCUGAAUAA